CUCCUCCCCGGCCUCCAGCUCCGCCCCGCGCCCUGCCUGGGGCGGCUGAGGCGGACUAUUUACCCCACAGCAGGCUUCCCAGACUCACGGCUCGCUUGUGCCGCCGCCAUGGAGCAACCCGGAGUGGGGAGAAUAAAUUCCAACGAGAAUGAAAAUGCAUCAGAAAAGAAGAAAAUGUCUGAAGAAUUUGAAAGCAAUACUAUAAUGGAAUCACUGAUAGAUAUGCCACUUGCUACAUUGGAUAUUAAAGAGGAAUUUGGAAUUACUGAUGUAGCUCAUAAAAAUAAGGAGAGCAGUAAAGGAAAUGAACAAGUCAGAAAAGAUAAAAGAAAGAAGAGGAAAAAAAAAGAUUAUCAACCUAACUAUUUUCUGUCCAUUCCAAUCACCAACAAAGAGAUUACCACAGGAAUUAAGAAGCUGCAAAAUGCAAUAAUAGAACAAGACAAGCGACUUGCAAAAACAAUGAGUAGAGAUGGUUCUUUUCAUAUUACCCUGCUAGUGAUGCAAUUAUUAAAUGAAGAUGAAGUAAACAUUGGGAUUGAUACUCUUUUGGAGUUGAAACCACUCAUAGAAGAAAUCCUUCAAGGAAAACAUUUGACUUUGCCCUUUCAAGGGGUUGACACUUUUGAAAGUCAAGUUGGAUUUGUGAAGCUGGAAGAAGGAGAUCACAUAAAACAACUUUUGGAGAUAGCAGAAGUUGCAAAAAGAACAUUUCAAGAAAAAGGCAUCUUGGCUGGAGAAGACAGAAGUUAUAACCCUCAUUUGACCUUUAUGAAAUUGUCGAAAGCAUCAUGGUUGAGGAAGAAGGGAGUGAAAAAAAUAAAUCCUAAAUUGUAUGAAAAAUUUAUCAAUCACAGAUUUGGAGAAGAAAUGGUAUAUCGUAUAGAUCUUUGCUCCAUGCUGAAGGAAAAGCAGAGUAAUGGUUAUUAUCACUGUGACUCUUCAGUUGUGAUUGGUGAGUUGGAAGGCUCGUCCUCUACAGUCUUGCAGAGAUACAGAAAGGAUAUACACAGCUGGCCACGUGGGUUAUUGCUGGGGCUUGGUACCUGCACCACGAAUCCACUGCUCCAGGAGGAUAUACUGUCCAUGUUUUAUCAUUGUUGUGGUUAUUAUUGUUUUUGUUAUUGAUGUCAUUGUUGCUGUUGGAUAGGACAGAGAGAAGUGGAGAGAGGAGGGGAUGACAGAGGGGGAGAGAAAGAUAGACACCUGAAGACCUGCUUCACCACUUGUUAAGCGACCCGUCUACAGGUGGGGACCCAGGGGCAUGAACUGGGAUCCUUACUCCGGUCCUUGAGCUUUGUACCAUGUGCGCUUACCCUCUGCACUACCACCCAACCCUCCAAAUUACCCACUUUGUUUUACUGAAUGUUUGAAAGGCAAUACACGAACAGGAGUGUUAACUGCAGACUUACUGACUACUGCAAUUGCCUAUUUCAUAAAGUAAUCCUUAACAGAAAACUCAGUGAUGACACAGGCACCCAUUGUUAUUAAUUGCAUCUAACUAGAAAACAUUUUCCUUGCCUUGCCCUUUCCUCUUGCAUGUGUUCCUGUUUAGAAAUAUAUUACCUCUAUGGGAAAUGAAACAGGUAAAUGUCCAAAGAUGAAUAUUAUUACCUCAAAUGGCACAAACUUUCUGCCACUGGAAGUAGUCAAUCAUAGUAUGAGAUAUUUUAUUUUAUUUUAUUUUAUUGUGGGGAGGUGCUAAUGAAUUACAGCACAUUUGUCUAUACAUGUGUAUGGUUUCCUAGUUCUGCAUAACAGCUGCCUGCUACAAACUCUUGUCCUCCCCACUGCCCCCUAAUCAAGGACCUCCAGCUUCCUUUCCCCCAACUAGGGAUGUUUUAAGGGACAAAGGAACAACAUGAAUAAUGCUCAGUUUUUUUCCAGUUAGCCCUGGUAUUCUGUGGUGCUGAAAAUAAAAGUGUUAGUAUGUAUUCUACCAAACCCCAUAUUUUAACUUUUACAAGUAUGUAUUUUAAUAAUACCCACAUUUUACUAUUUAAUAUAAAGAUAUAUUUUUCCUUUCCCAUUUGUUGCAUUUAUUUAGAUUUAAAAUCACUUCAUUUGGGUAAAUAAUGAUUUAUAAGACAGUUACCACAUGUGUACAAUUUGUAUUCUCCCAGUGAUAGAUUUCUGCACAGCAUGCUCUCAACUGACUGACAUUUUUCCCCACUAUAUAAGUUUUUUUAUAUUUAUUUAUUUUCCCUUUUGUUGCCCUUGUUUAUUGUUGUAGUUAUUGUUGUCGUUGUUGUUGGAUAGGACAGAGAGAGAUGGAGAGAGGAGGGGAAGACAGAGAGGGGGAGAGAAAGAUAGACACCUGCAGACCUGCUUCACUACCUGUGAAGCGACUCCCCUGCAAGUGGGGAGCUGGGGGCUCGAACCGGGAUCCUUACCUUGGUACUUGCGCUUUGCACCACAUGCGCUUAACCCACUGCGCUACUGCCCAACUCCCUAUAGAAUGUUGGUUCCCCAGUCCCCUUUCUGGUCCCUCCCAAUUCUCUGGGUUUUGUUUGUUUGUUUUUGUUUUUUUUUGCCUCCAGGGUUAUUGCUGGGGUUAGGUGCUUGCACUAUGAAUCCACUCCUCUUGGACGCUAUUUUUUUGUUUUUAUUGCCCUGUUGUUUAUUGUUUUUGUUAUUAUUGUUAUUGCUGUCAUCAUUGUUGGAUAGAACAGAGAGGAGGAGAGAAUGAGGACACAGAACUUUGGGGUUGGAAGUGUGCAGAAUUAUACUCCUGUUAUCUUACAGGAGUUUUGUAAAUCAGUAUUGAGUCACUAAUAAUAUAGUUGUUUACACAUGACAAAAACAAAACAAAACAGCACGAGGAGAGGUUGAGUUACCAUGAUCUUGAAAACUUACUCAUUUAAUCCUAUUUGUCCCUUAGAGUUGGAAAUACAGUCAUGAUGUUCUGUCUCUUCUUCCUCAUUUCUCAGCUUCCUCUUUCUCAACAUUUUAAUUUAUUGAAUUGUUACCUUGUGCCUAUUAUGAUAAAAGAAUUAUUUGGAAAUCUGUCUAUGAAUGUAGCUAUUAGAAAUAAAUGUUCUUGGGGGCC